UCCUAUUCCACUGCAAUAUUAGCAUACAAGUCAACAUCAGAGUAAAUAAAGACAGAAUUUUCAUUUUGGGGUGAACUAUCCCUUUAAAUGUAACGAGUGAAACCACGUUGUCACAAUUAUUGGACACAAAAGUGAAGUACAAUUUAUUUUUCAGCUAUUUUUUUUAACUAACCUACUUUUAAUUGGGUUAAAAGUACUGCAUCAGUCGGCAUACACUUGUCAGUCUACAAUGUGAACUCCCUGCAUCUGCAAAGGGAGUGGAUCUGCCAUCCCUUCCCCCAUCACCACCACCAUCAUCACCGCCGGACCAGUGAACACCAGGCUCGGUACAUCAUUUCACCGUUAUGGCAAAUGAAUUCCCAGAAAGCAGAGAAGGAACUGCCAACUCACGCCAUGCCAACCUCACGUCGUCUCUAGACUUGAGCACGUCUCUAGAUCACAGUGUGCAGACGCGGAUUUUUAAAAUCAUUGUCAUCGGGGACUCAAAUGUAGGCAAGACCUGUUUAACCUUCCGCUUCACCGGCGGAGCCUUCCCCUGUAAGACUGAAGCCACCAUCGGCGUGGAUUUCAGGGAGAAAGCCGUGGAGAUCGAGGGCGAGAAAAUAAAGGUGCAAGUAUGGGACACAGCAGGUCAGGAGCGCUUUCGGAAGAGCAUGGUGGAGCACUACUACCGCAAUGUGCAUGCUGUUGUAUUUGUAUACGACGUCACAAAAAUGGCCUCAUUCCAGAACCUAAAGACCUGGAUUCAGGAGUGUAACGGGCACGGGGUGUCAUCCUCUGUGCCUCGUGUUCUGGUGGGUAACAAAUGCGACCUAGUUGACCAGAUCCAGGUCCCUUCCAACACUGCCCUCAAGUUUGCCGAUGCCCAUAACAUGCUACUGUUUGAAACAUCAGCCAAAGAUCCCAAGGAGAGCCAGAACGUGGACUCCAUUUUCAUGUGCCUGGCAUGUCGUCUAAAAGCCCAAAAGUCCCUGAUAUACAGAGACGUGGAGAGAGAAGACGGCAGAGUGAGGCUGACACAUCAGCCCGACCCUAAGAGUAACUGCCCUUGUUGAGGACCCUCAACUGUGAAAUUAUUAACAUUGAUAAUUCACAAUGCAAGAAUGUGCCUGCAACUAAUUUUAGUUACUUUAUGACAGCUGCUCCAUGAACUCUGUUUUGUGUGUGUGUGUGUGUGAUUAUCUUUCAUGUUCUUUUCUUCAAUUACACCAUCACUAAAAAGGCCAAUCCCACAAAACCUGUCAAGAACAUGUUCAAGUUGUGUGUCAUCUCAAAAUCAAAAGAAAGAAAUGAGAAAUUACAUUUUGCUAAAAGAAAAUUAUGCCUUUAAGACUGUUUUUGCAUUGUGACAUUAUUUUUAUGACAGUUAAGAACACUUUCCCUGUUAUGGUAAUGCAAAAAUAUUAAUAUAUUAUGUACUUCCUUUAAUUUAUGCUGAUUUAAAUAAAAAAUGUAUUACAGUAAUGAGACUCUAAUGACAAUCAUCGGUUUUAAAAACAUCCUAAAUCAUCCAUUAAAAGUAAAACAUCCAAAUGCAUUAUUUUGAGAUUUCUGGCGAGGCAAUGUGUUGAAUUUCCAUAAAAAAUAAUGUCAAAGUGCAAAACAUUCCGUUUCAUUUUAUGAAUCAAAAAAUAAUGCAACCUGGACAUGUUUACACAAGAUUUCACCCAUGUGUAACAGAUAUAUUUUCGAUCCCUCAUGCUUAAUUCAGGGCACAUUUUACCACUUAAGCAAUCUUUAUAGGUCUGAAGAAAUGUGGCAUUUGUUGGAUUUACAGUCAUUUGUUUCCGUCACAAAUUUGUUUGGAUUCAUCCAUCAGCAUACAGUCAAUCCAGAUAUUACUUCGUGAAAUAUGGCAUAACAUCUCCAACAUAAUUGGCUGAUGGUCUUAAUGUUUUAGCUGCCAGGACCUGCACAUACUGUAGAAUCUAAACUUUCCAAUUUCACAUGAGUCACGAUCAUUUAAAAUGUUUUGAUUGCCUUAAAACAUAUUCAUUUGCCACCAUUGCUAGUUAUUUCUCAUAGCCUUGUGGUUACUCACUGCUAAAAUAUUUCUAAUAUUUCUCCCUCACUAACUGCAUGGAUACAUUUGAAACCCGUUCAAAUUAUGAAACUAUGUUCUGAUGGUUAGCGUUAAAUAGUGACCCAAAUGUUAAUGUAAUCUGAUAACACCACAUGCUCAUUUCCAUGCACCUUGAGAAAGAGUGAAUCCGUGUGGGAAGUUUUAUGUAGCAUCACAGUAUUUCACCAGCUUAAGGUGGUUCUUCCAAAUGCAUAAACACUUCUGGACAAAAGCAAGGUUCAAACAGGCCAGUGAUUGUUACAUUUAUAUUCAAAAGAUUAAUGAUUUUAACUUGACAAAGAAUAGCAGUAUGAGUGUUUCUGUGGAAAGGGUUGCUGAUAAUGUGUUGAUUAUGGAAUGAGCGAGUGCAAUUUGGUGCCCCUGUGAUUGUUAUUGUUUUUGUUUUGAUUUUGUGUAACCUCUAUCCUCUGCUUAUUCAGUACUUUUGGUUCUACAGGAGAAGUUGCAGUUUUCUGUGUGGUUUCAAAUGCUUUCAGAUUCGGAAGAGAAUUCUCUGGUUUCAGCAGUGUUAGCCUUAUAUCUACUGAAGAGAUUGAAGCCUUAUGAUUUGUCUUGUUUUGUGCCCUUGUAUGCUGUGUGACAUGUUACAGUAUGUAUGUUUCAUUUUGAGCACCAAAUUAAAUCUCAAAUAUCCUGAAGCACUGAAUCUUUUAUUAGCUGAGAAAUGCUUUAAAACAUUGGAGUU